CUUUGACCUUGCGUAACAACCCCUCCUCUGAUUGUCAUUCAACUCCUUGAAAGCAAUCCAUAUGUAUUUGAGCGAGCCUUGUUUGUAUACAAAUUUAACACUGCUGUGACACCAUUUAAUCAGAGGUGAUAAAAGCUGCCAGAGUAACAGCCGGAGUGACGUGACAGAUUUAUCGCCGCUGGUGUGAUGGUGCCACUGUUGGACAAGUUGAAGUCUUGAUCUUAUCUCUGCACCCUUGUCAGGGAAGUGAGUCUUAUAUUAUCAGGCAUCUUGUUGGCAGAGAAAGUUGUGCACAUUUUGUACAUGUUCGAUUCCAAAUGAUUGAUUCAUAAAGCAAAAAUGUAGCACUUUGACUGGGUUUAGCUAUAGUGCUAAUUGGAGACUGCUUUAUCCUCCACAUGAGCGUCGGGGAGCGACUGGAGCUAAUCCCAGCUGACGGGACGAAAGGCGGGGCAACACCCGGGACACAUCGCUAGUCCAUCGCAGGUCAAACACAUAGCUUCCAUCAUCCCAUUCUGUAAUCUCCAUCCUCACACCAUGGACCUUGAAGAGAGAUUUCUCGUGGAUAAGGUGGACACCAGCCCGUCGGUCUCCUCUGAUUCCUCUUGGACAUCGUUUGACCUCAGCACUGACCUCACAUCAGUCAGCUCGGACCAAAUCCUAACUCCAGUGACGGCUCUAAGCGGCUGUAAACUGCUCGAGGACCAGAACCUGAAGAAACCUCCUCCGGCCAAAGUUUCCUCGACUGCAGUGAGAACCAAGAAGGUUUUGUGGACAGAGACAUCUUUCCUGGGAAACGAUGACCAUAAGAACAAGACAUCAGGCUGGCCACCUCCGAGCUUUGGCACGUGGGCCGGACUGCAUGGGCCUCCGUACAGCUGGGACAGCAUGAGCAGCACCAGAGAUGAGCGCGACUGCCUCACCAACCAAGUGUCACAGAGCAGUUCCCUGGAGGAGGUUCACCUGGAUGGCGUCCCCCCUGCCCCUCGCCUAGUAGAGAUGAGACGUGACCCAGUCCUGGGCUUCGGCUUUGUGGCGGGCAGUGAGAAACCGGUGGUGGUCCGCUCCGUCACGCCAGGUGGCCCAUCAGAGGGGAAGCUGUUGCCAGGCGAUGAGAUCAUCAUGAUUAAUGAUGAGCCUGUCAGCUCAGCUCCAAGAGAACGGGUCAUCGACCUGGUCAGAAGCUGCAAAGAAUCCAUCAUGCUGACUGUUGUCCAGCCCUAUCCUUCCCCGAAAUCAGCGUUCAUCAGUGCAGCCAAGAAAGCCAUGCUCAAGUCCAAUCCAGUCAAAGUGCGCUUUGCAGAGGAGGUGAUCAUAAAUGGCCAGGUUCCAAACCCAGUGAAGGACAACUCUCUUCUGUUCAUGCCAAACGUCUUGAAGGUUUACCUGGAGAACGGGCAGACAAAGUCUUUCCGCUUCGACAGCAGUACCUCCAUCAAGGAUGUGAUUCUGACCCUGCAAGAGAAGCUGUCAAUCAAAUGCAUCGAGCACUUCUCCCUCAUGUUGGAACAGAGGAUGGAAAGCUCUGGAAGCAAAUUGCUUCUCCUGCACGAGCAGGAGAUGCUUACUCAGGUGACCCAGAGAUCCGGCUCUGACAAGAUGAAGUGUUUCUUCAGAAUCAGCUUCGUGCCGAGGGACCCGGUGGAGCUGCUCCGCAGAGACGCCGUGGCGUUUGAAUAUCUCUAUGUGCAGAGUUGUAACGAUGUGGUGCUGGAGCGAUUCGGCCCGGAGCUCAAGUACGACGCCGCGCUGCGAUUGGCUGCACUGCAGAUGUACAUCCUCACCAUGACAACGCGACAGAGCCAGAAGGUCUCGCUGAAAUAUAUCCAAAAGGAGUGGGGUCUGCCAGUGUUCUUGCCUCCUGCUGUGCUGACCACCAUGAAGGAGAAAAACAUCAGGAAGGCUCUGACACACAUCCUUAAAACCAACCAGAACCUUGUGCCUCCAGGGAAGAAACUGACUGCUUUGCAGGCCAAGGUACAUUACCUGAGGUACCUCAGCGAACUCAGACUCUACGGAGGGAGGGAGUUCAAAUCAAUACUUUUGCAAGGGGAGAAACAGACAGAGGUGAUGCUGCUCGUGGGCCCACGUUAUGGCAUCAGUCAUGUCAUCAAUGCACGCACCAACCUGGUGGCCCUGUUGGCCGACUUCAGCCACGUCAACCGCAUCGAGAUCCUCACCGAGGACGACACCAAUGUCCGGCUGGAGCUACAUGUUCUGGACGUCAGGCCCAUCACGCUCAUCAUGGAGUCAAGUGAUGCAAUGAACCUGGCCUGCCUAACAGCAGGCUACUAUCGCCUCCUAGUGGACUCAAGGAGAUCUAUCUUCAGCAUGGCCCGCUGUAACAGCACUGGAGGGGAUGACACAAGUCAGGAUCGUGUCCUGGAGUGGCCCUACAGCACAUCUCUGGGGGAAAAUGAGGAGCUUUCACUCAGCCAAGGAGAGGUUAACAACAGAGACUCUGCAUUUCCAGACAACAGGCAGAAAGAGAACAGAAACAGCAUCUCUCCUUACUUUCACGAACUGCAAAACCCUGACAACAGAGACCUAGGGACCCGGAGAAGUCCGCUGCCACCUCCUCCUCCCCCGGCUACCAGACACAAACCUCAAGACUCACCUCGGAGUGCCAAAGUGUCUUUUAUUUUUGGGGGGGACCAGCCCUUGAACCCGUCUAAGAACGCGGGCUAUAAGCGACUGUUGGAGAGUCCGGAGGUACCUGAGCACAAACCGCUCUGCUUGCACAACAACACAGACUUUCAGCCACAGGACAUGGCGCCAUGUCAGUUCAGCGGUCUGACACAUGUGUAUAGUAACAUCAUCACUGAGGGAGGUGGUGAGGAGCCACUCCUAAGAGACCUAUUUUAUCAUGACACGACAGAUGAUGCAGAGGACGAUGAUGAUGCUUCCUGUGAGGAAGACUCCACUGGGGGGACACCAGUGAGUGACGAUAGAGGAGGUGGAGAUGAAAACUGUGGCAAUCAAGGUGGGGUGCGUACCACGGCCGCUACCUUCCUCACGCUCUCUGGUUCCACCGACGACAUCAUCGACCUGACAUCACUCCCUCCUCCCGAGGGAGAUGACGGCGUAGAUGAAGACGAAGAUGACACGCUGCUACAGACGCUCAACCAUGCGAUUGCAGCUCCACCACCGGGUUUUCGGGACAGUUCUGAUGAGGACGCCGCACCUGAGGGAAGACCACUUAGCACGCGGGACAAUGAUGACAUCCCAGUGUCGUUAAUUGAUGCCAUACCAACACAUGGGGAGGGGGAAGGAACCAGGGGAGGGGAGAGACGACUGGAGAACUCAGUCAUAAACACUCUACAGGCACUGGAGGCUCUGUCUGUCUCUGAACAGGCACCUCCCCCACCACCCCCCAACAGUAACAAUCGAGGUGUUUUCACAUCGCGAGGCUUUAGCCCAGGGUCAUCCUCAGAUUCUGGAAAUGAGACCAACUCCUCAGAGAUGACUGAAAUCUCUGAACUGGCUGCUACUCACAGACUCAGCGAGAGCCACAUGCGCCUUCUGGUGGCCACGAGGGAAGGAUACCAACCAUUACUUGAGGAGAAAACUGAGUUCCCUGUCUCACCUAGGACAGGAGGGACAACACAGAAGAAACCUAGUCCGGCACGGCACCUUCAACCUCCGGCAGUUCCUCCGAGACGGAGUCCUCAAUUAGACACCGCUUCAUCGGGGCAGGACAGCUUGGACGUGAGAUCCCAGACUAACGUCUCAUCCACUCUGCAGCGGCCAAGUUCCACCACACCAGGAGGCAAGCAUCACAAAAAGUCUGCAGAUUCCAGUGGGAAGUACAACACUUUCAGCACACGGGAAGGACAGCGGGGCAGUAGUAGCCAUUUUGACUUGGACCAACGCACUUCAUUUUGUGAGAGAGGGGAAAGUCCAGGAAGACAAAAUUCUUUUGUGGCAGAAAAUUCUGGAGCAAAUAGUCUACCCCUUGAUCGCCACAGAAUUCCCCAUCAUCCCUCCUCAACCUCUGAUCAGCUCUCAAAUGCCGUUAACUUGGGGGUCUGUGGCACAGACAAUGGCGCUGUGCCUGCUGAGCAAGACGAACAUCUAGUUGUAGCAUCAUUGUUGUCUCCAACCAAAAAUCCCACAGCAGCAGUGUCUGACCAGGGAUCUGACAUACAAAACAACCAUCAGCCAAUUUCUAGACAGCAGAGUGUCGCUCGUUUGUGUGAGUACCACCUCGCCAAAAGGAUUUCUAGUUUGCAAGGAGAAGCCCACAGUUCACUCCAGGGUUCUCUCUGCUCAUCACUGGAUGCUGGUGGCAGCACAAACAGCAGUGCCUGUGCAACUCCGACUGACUCACCACUUGGCUCGGGUGCAGUUGAAUCAAAGCACCUCCAUUCACAAAGGCACCCACUUUCCAGUUCCUCCUCCUCGUUAUUCAGGGUGCUUAACUAUGAGGAAAGCAAAUCCGGAAUCCCUCACAGCAUCCCUGGUCAGAGUAUGCAAGGAAAAGACCUCCACCCUCACGCAGACCCUGCCCUUCUUCGGAAAAUGCUACCCAACAUUCACCCCCCUGCUGGGGGUGAACCAGGCCGACCCUCCUCAGCCACACCAUUAAAGCAUAAAGAAACCACAAGUAGUGCAAACAAGAAGCCCUUUAAUGAUCUGCAUGCUAAACAACAGCCCUGUUUUAAAGGGCUGAACCAGAAAGAAGGCAGUGAGGCUUACAGACAACUGAUUAACUAUCUGACAGUCAGCCAAAUGCACCAGGGAGGGAAGCUGCACAGUGCAGGCAUGGGAGGGGCAGUGAAAAAGGACACCAGGCGCUUUAUCACAAGCAACCCUCAGCUUGUUGAAAUGGUGAGGAAUCGGGGCAACACCAUCGCUCGCUGCCCAUGUAUGCCUUCCUCGAUUUCAUCCCCAUUCCUCAACCCAAAUGUAGUAAACCCUAACGCUGCAACUAUGCAACUGGCAAAUAGAAAUCUACGGUCUUACCACUCAGCCACACUUCCUGCUAAACUGAAGAGAGGUUCUGACAUGCAAGCUCACAGACCAAAUGAAAGUCUACAUUUCAGAGCGGCUACUGCAGAGAGAAGAAACUCCCUCUCUGGCCUGGAGAAUGAAUUAGAGAGGAGUGGUAUUGACCCAGAGCACGCUCUGUCCCUUUACAAGACAGAGGGCUUUAUGACUCAUGAUGGGGCAUUCAUCGCAGGUGGAAGCCGUGAUGGUGGUGCAACCUGUAACCACCCCCCUCGUCGGUCAAAAAGCCAACCUAGUGGCAGUUCAGAGGAGUGGUUAAAAUCAGACCCGAGGUCUCCUCAUUCUCGUCCCAGUGAUUCUCUAUGUUUCUCAGCUGCCUCCAAUCUAAGUGGUCAACGAGCAGAACUCAACACCCUCUCACUGGGAAGGGGAGACCACCCAUCAGCUUUUAUCAGACAGGCGUCUACAAGGAGAGAUUGUCUUAAAUCUCCAACUCCCAAUCUACAGUCUCCACCUCCUCCCCCACCACCUCCUCCUACUUUGUCUAUACCUUUACAAGUCAACACUAGCUCCAGAAAUUCAGGCUUCACACAAGAUCCAAUCCAUUCCAUCCAGUCCCGGCAGAAUCAGAACCACAUCCAAGCCCCUUCCCCAAACCUACCACAGACCGAUCCCUUCGGCAACAACCUACAAAGAGGUAGGGAGCUCAAACGCAGCUCCAGCAAUGUCACUGCCAGUUCUGGUAGCGUUGAAGUUCUAUUUGAGAAGCCAACCCGAAGCAGGAGUCAGCAGCCCUUGUUGCCAUCUGUGCCCCAACAAGGUGACACCAAAGUCCAGCGGAGGCCAACAAGGAAGAGGCUCUCCAAGAGCUAUUCCCAAGGUUCUGUGUCUUCCCAUACCACAUGUUGGUCUACAGGCAGUACGUUAGAUAGUAGAAGGGCAUCGGUGGCAUUUCCAUUGCAGAAAGACACUAAACACAUGAAAGGCUCUCAAAAACUGGACACUAGUCCCUGGAGAUGCAACGGACCUUUUAGCUAUUGUUUCUUUAAACGUAAGAGUGAGGGUGAAGAGGAUGAGACUGAGUGGGAGAGGCCCAGACGAAGCCGUGGUGAGAAGAGUAUUGAUAUUAAUGGUGGCACUGUGUCAGCCAUAUCGCCCUGUGGCUCAGUGGUGGAUGCAGCUGGAGAGCAGCUAUAUGGCGAGGUCCUCAAUAACAUGAGCUUUAGUGACCGUCUUGGACGAAUCAACGCACUCAAAGACCACAUGUAUAGCUUCCCAUCCGGCUUCACUGAUGUUCGCCGUGAUUCCAGUGAGCUUAUUGCGCUGGUAAGAUCCAGCAUUGGUCGCUGUGAUCGUGGACCGCAGAUGCCAGUCCAGGAUGUGUCCCAGUACAAGCAGCUCCUCUCAGUUGAGUCAAAAGAAUUGGGCCGGGCAUGUAGGAGGAUGGCACAAGCACACAGUAGCCCAGAGGAAAUGCUGCUAGCUGUAACGUGUAGCUUCCAGGUGCUAUGCUGUCUGUGUGAAGCUUGCAUGUGUCUGGUUAGAGGGCUCGGAGCCUCGGCUCCACACCAACAGAGAGAAGUUGUGGCAAAGGUGGACGAGGUUGUUAUGAACUAUAUUUGUUUGCUCAAAGCAGCCGAGGCUGCCACCGUGGGAGCGCCAGGGGAGCACAGCGUGAAAGCCCUGGUUCGCCACUCCAGUACCAUGUCGGCCAUUGCUAACGCACUCACCCGCUCCCUUAAAACGCUGCUCAGCAAGUAGGGACUACUCCUUGUGCUUUAUAGUGUGGCCUACACAGCUAGUAUUAGUCUGUCUUUAAGCAUCUUGGUGAAAGUUGUAUUUAUAUGGCUGGACAGUCUCCAUAUCAAAAUCUAUAACGUAUACGACUUGAUGCAGACAUAUUUACGAUUAAGGUUUCAUAACUAUCAAUUUGAUGCGUAAGAUGCUGAAAGGGAGCCCAGUCUGACUCCACUGACUGGGCUCUGCUGUUUCUGAUGACUAUAUUGUGUAUACAUUUGCAAAGCCAUACUGUCACAGACCUUUGUAAUAUUAAAUGUACCUAAUAGAUCCCCUUUUACCUGUGCAUUAUGUAAGUUAUUAACAUGUUUAUAAUGUAUAUAAAUACAACAGAAUUAUAUUAUUUGCCGUAGCAAUUUUGAGAGGCCAUUAAGUAUUCAGCUUUUUAGGUCAUUUAAUAUGCAGGGCUGGAGUGAACUCACUUUCAGUUCAAUCAAAGUGCAGUUUUACUAGAGAUAUUUAUAAUAAGUUUAAAACGUUACCUGUAGAAAUUAAAAUAAAAUGUGCCAGUGAGGAAAUUGUUGCUGUCAUUUUAUUCACAUGCUAUAUACAGUAGAAAUAAAGCCAAAAUACAGCUCAAUUUCUCAAUGACUAUGUAACAGUGAACUGAUUUCAACCCUUUUGCAUUUACAAAGCAGUGUUUGUUUGUUUUUUGCUUAAAUAGUUAGAAAUGCUGGAAAUACAGGGAUGCUGAAGUUGCACUGCAUUUACCUGCUAAUUGAAUAAGCUAAAUAUAAAAUUAUGAAAACUACUAUAUAAUAAUACUACAAGAUUAACAAUUAAAGGAACUUUUUUUUUUUCAGAAUGACGUGUUAGUUAUAUCUAUUUAAAAUUAUUUUUCAUCUGGUUUAUUAUUGCAAACCAUGUAUCAAGACUCUCUUGACAAGAUUAAUCUACCAACAUAUUAAAAUAUUUUACAGAUA